AUGAUUCCUCGGGCGGAAGCGGCGUGGCGGCAGAAGACGCAAUCCCCUGCCAAGAGCUCCCCCAUCUCGGCUUUUACCGAUAAGCACGAUAAGCACGAUAAGCCGCUCAUCGUGCCUUGCCACUAUAAUAAGACUCUCCCCAGCCGCCCCCUCACCCCCUCACACAAAACCUCCCACCAUGCGUCGCCCCUCAUAACACCCACCUACAUGUCUGGACUUGCCCUCAAAGCCGGCCUCCGUGCCGCAGCACCCCUGCGCCGCCCCCCGCCUCUCCUCCGGCGCCAGCAAGCGCCAAAACGAACCACCACUACGAACGCGAACGCACCGAAGACCGCCGCACCUGGCAGCACAACCACGACGCCCUCGCCCAGCACGACUAUCCCGAUGGCGGGCUCUAUACCUCCUCUUCCGCUGUGGCAGCGCUUGGGGCCGCUCACGACGGCACUAUCCCUUUUCAGUCGGGCGCAAAGGGCGCGGCCAUGGACGACGCAGUUUGUGAGCACACUGAUUGUGUAUUUCCUGGGUGAUUUGAGUGCGCAGCUGAUUAGGGGGGGAGAGUAUGAGGCGGAGAGGGCGGGGAGGGCGUUGGUUAUUGGGGCGGGGGCGGCGAUUCCGGGUUAUACUUGGUUCGUCUACCUCGGCAACUCCUUCAACUACACCUCCCCCACCCUCUCCCUCCUCACCAAAGUCAUCGUCAACCAACUCGCCUUCACCCCCGUCUUCAACACCUACUUCUUCGGCAUGCAAUCUCUCCUCUCGCACCCCCCCUCUCUCUCCAGCCUCGAACAUGCCGUCGAGCACGUCAAGCGGACCGUGCCGACCAGCUUCGUGAAUAGCUGUAAACUUUGGCCGCUUGUUACGGCUUUUAGUUUUACGUUCUUGCCGCCGGAUUUUAGGAAUGUGUUUGGGGGGGUGGUGGCGAUUGGGUGGCAGGCGUAUUUGAGUUUUUUGAAUCGGAAGGUGGAGGGGGGGGUGGAGAGGGAGGAGAGGGAGGAGGAGAGGAGGGUUUUGGAGGCGGAGAGGGAGGAGGGGAAGGGGAGUACGGCGUGAGCGAGGGGAUAGAGGUUGAUUGAACAUACGAUGCUUGUGGGAAAAUAGCAGCAUUUGGGGUAUACAUAUAAUGUUAUACGGCGUUAUAGUGGGGUUCAGGCGUCACGGGUGGAUGCACGACACAUCCAUCCAGGUUUUGCUAGUGGAUAUAGAUCGCACUGGUUACCCCUUUUUGGCGGUUUAGAUUUUUGGGGGUUAGAAUUGAUGGCAGCGUAUAGACUUGAGUCUGGCAAAGAAUAUUGAAGACUGCUGCUGAAGUGAGAAUUCU